AUAAUGGUAAAAUUGUGUUCAUUCCUGAUUAUUACUUAUUUUAGGUAUUCACUUCAUAGGAACGUAGUUUCAGGAAGGGCUACAGAAUGGGAACAGGUUCAGAGGUUGGUAUAGAAAGGGAGGAAGGCAAUGGUGUUAGGAGAACUUUGAAGUGAACAGGAAGGAAAGUAAAGGAAAAGGUCUCACUUUGGUGGGGACCCUGUCUGGUUACGGAAAUAAAAGAGCUGGAGAAGGUACAGCGCAGGGCAGCGAGAUGGGAAGGGGACGAGGGAGAGAGACAGACUGUCAAUGAUGAUCUAGGAACCGGGUGUGUUGCAGCACAAUGGGCUCAGAAGAAAUUGAUGGAAUUGAUAUGGACCGAGUGCCCUUGGAUGCACUCAGCAUCCCCACGCGUCAGUUGCUCUCUAUGAUGCUGAAUCCCGUCAAGGUGAUACCUACUGAUGAUGACUUGCAAAGGGACUGGAGGGGGCUGGCCCACCUGGCGGGCCUGGGCGGCCAGCUCAUGCCGCUCCUGCGGGCCUCGGCCGACAGCACGGGCGACGUGCUCUCUCGGUGGCAGGACGGGACCGCGGGCCGGCUGGUGGCCGCCCUGGGCCGGCUCGACCGCUGGGACGUCGUCGACGACUCUGCCCAGCUGAUGGCCAAGGAUGCUGCAGCGUACGCAAGACUGCAGGAGCAUUCAGAAUCCUCUGCUCCUGUGCUGGAUGCUGAGGAGGACAGCCAGAUACUCACAGUCGGCGACGUCCAGCGACUGAAGCAAGGCCUGAAGCCACAGAACUACGAUGCCUUCCUCUUGUUUGCCGACGAGGACCAAGAUUUUGCAGAGGAAAUUGUAAAGCAGUUGGAAGAUGGAUACCAUUUUAAGCUGUGCGUGAAGCACCGGGACCUGGUGGGCGGCUUGGCUUUUGAGCACAAGGCGAUAAUGGACCUUAUCGCUGAGCGCUGCAACCGCCUCGUCGUCAUCAUCUCCGAGGACUUCCUGAGGAGCCAGGCCAACCAGUUCUUCGUGACGUUCGCACAGGCGCUGGGGAUCGAUCAGAGGCGUCGGAAGGUAGUGCCUAUCCUGUACAAACAGUGCAAGUUACCUGCAGACCUCAGCUACUACUUCCUCCUGGACUACACCCGGUCCGGGCGCUUGUGGGACUUCUGGAAGAAACUGUGCGACUCCAUUCACACCCCAGAGUCCAGAGCAUCGCUGGGACAACCGGAGCGUGAGGACACGGGACAGACGGACCGCAGCGAGGUGGAAGAGCAGAAGCUGGUCUCCAGCAGCGACUUGAAGCUGCCCUCCACGGUGACUGCCUCCGUCAGUGAACUCAACCUUUUGGAGACUCAGCCCCUUUCUAAGAAGUAUACUAGCAUGGAAAAUCUUGGUUCAAGGAGUUUCACAUCAAAGAUCAAGAAAGCCUUUAGGCCAUCAAAGUUACUAAAGCUGAAGAAAAAUAAAAAACAGGCAGCAUUAUCAUGACCCACGAGGAAGUUUGCACGUGCCAGCAUCAACUGCCUUGCAGUGCAGAGAAUUUUUGCAUAAGGGUGUAUAUUGCUUGGCUGGGAAGUCAGUCAACUGUGGGUGCGGUUUACGGCGGUGACCCAGUGUUAGGGUCUGGCUCUUAAGUGGUAUUACGUACGAUACAUUCAUAUUAAUAUUUUUAUACUGUCUGUUGCCAUAUCGCCAAUCUUUUAAAUGUCAUUUUAUAAAAUGUUCUUAGUUCUGUGCUCCUUAAGGCUCAGCUUCACCCACCAUUUUCAUGCCUUUUUCUUUUUUAAUUCCUACUGAAUACAUAUUACUAGUGAUGGGCACCAUCGAAUAAAAACUAUCUACUGAAUCGAUAGUUCAAAACUAUUUGCAACUAACAAGAAAAUGUUGAUUAAAAUUAGUCAUUAUAGUCAUCCACUUGUUCCAGGCCAUUCGGUAUGUUUUUUUUUUGUGUAGUUUACAGUUUUACAAUUACAAUGCAAGCCAUGUCUUAAGAGGUAAUACCAUUAUUCAAUUCAUGAGGUUAGUUUUGUAAGAUGGUUUUAAGCCCAGCAAUACAGUUAUAGUUUAUUAUAAAUAAUUUUUUUUUUCAUUACUUUGUGCUCUCAGUUAAAAUUUUUUUGAAAUGUUUGCAUUAUCAGUAGAAUAAAUUUAAACAAUAUUAACAGCACAAAUGAAACAUAAGCUAGCUGAAUUUCUUUAAAUAUCAUGGUUUUAGUCGUUAUAAAAAUUGCCUUUGUUCCCAAUAUCAGCUGUUUCCUAUUUACUUUACCAAUAAUUACAAAUAAUUUUCAGAUAUAAUACCUAUGGAGCUUGUAAAUAAACUGAAUCAAACAUGACAGUUCCCUGGGCACAAAAGUGCGACUCUCUAUACUGUUUUACCAGAGUAGGGUAAAGCAUUCCACUUACUGUAUUUACCCACAUAUGGAUCACAUAUUUUAGGCCAAAUUUUAGUGUAAAAAAGUGUACUGCAACCCAUAUGUGAAUUUUGGGUUUACAAAAAAAUAAUAUUGUGCUGUAUGGUUGAAUGUGUGUAAAUAACUAACCUAUGUUGAUUCAAAAAAAUAUUCAAUAAGUAUAAAUUGUUUAAUCAAAAUAUCUCGGCAGUCAAACGAAGUUCCGUGAACAGCGCAGGUAACGUGUCUGCUGCGCUGCAAGGACGCUGAUAAGAAAAUCUAAAAGUAAAACAGCCAAGAGAGAGCAAAAGUGUUUGAAUGUGUGCGAGGUCAUAUAGCAGUGUUGAAGGUUUUCCCUCCCUCUCUUUGUAAAUUUCCUGUGAACUGGCACCCACACAAUUAACAUGUCUAUCUUGACAGGUGUCCAUGAUGCAACUGUGCCUAAUCUUUUGAGAUUUCCACACGAGCACCUUUCAUAUUCCUUCAGCCUCGCAGUAAACUCCGCGCUAGUUUUUAUUGAUGGAACUGACCGAGUAGUUUGCCACCUCUUCUCUCUCAGCACUAAAGGGAUGGGUAAAUAAAGUAAAAUGCAAUGGAGGAAAGGGAAAUAACGGUAUAAAAACCAUUGCCUUCUCCGGCAUGGUGGGUGAAGCCAGCAGCAUAAAUGAUUUAACAGUUGCAAUGGAUGAUGAUGUAAUGACCAAAAGUUUGUGUUAUACAAAAUAUAUUACAUUAUUAUAAAUUGUGUUAAUGUGUACAGAACUGUUUUAUAUAUAUAGAAAUACAUUUGUUUUUUUUAAA